CCUCUCUGCGCGCUCCCGCUGGAUGACGUCACAGGCCAUUCCCUACAACAUGGCGGCUGUGUGUGAGGAGGCGGAAGGGUUAUGGUUAGUGAGUAUGUGACUGCCCCCUGCAGGCUGGAGGGAGUGAGUAAAUCUCAACAUGAACAAUAAAGAAACCAUUACCGAGUCCGAGAAUAAUCGUCAGAUGAAAGUGUUUUUGCCUAAUAAGUUGUUGGAGUGUUUGCCUCGGACAAACACACUACCUAAAGAGAGACUCCGCUGGAACACCAACGAGGAAAUUGCAUCAUAUCUGAUCUCCUUUGACCGACAUGAAGAGUGGCUCUCCUGCACACUCAAGACCAGGCCAAAUGGCUCCAUUAUUUUGUAUAACAGGAAGAAGGUGCAGUAUAGGAAGGAUGGAUACUGCUGGAAGAAACGGAAGGAUGGGAAAACCACAAGGGAGGAUCACAUGAAGCUCAAAGUGCAGGGAACUGAGUGUCUGUAUGGUUGUUAUGUUCAUUCCUCCAUCGUCCCAACAUUCCACAGGAGGUGCUACUGGCUGCUGCAGAACCCAGACAUUGUGCUGGUCCACUACCUGAAUGUGCCAAAUGUGGAGGACAGUGGGAAGGCGUGUGGGCCGGUGCUGUGUGCCGUUACUGAGCGCAGAGACGGACUGCGCUGGAGCCGAGAGGAGCUGCUCUCCCAAUUAAAACCAAUGUUUCACAGUAUGAAGUGGUGUGGAAGUGGAAAUGGGGCAGAGGUUUCCAUUGAGCAGCUGGUGCAGCAGAUUCUGGAAUCACAACAGACCAAACCACAACCUCGUACACACACCUGCCUCUGUACCCAUGCUUCUUCUGGGAUGAACAUUCCUCAUCGGUGUAACAGCACAAAACAUCGCAUCAUCUCCCCGAAGCUUCCGUGUGGCCCCACCCCCUACCUCACUGAAGUCCAGAAUCUAGCCCAUGAAAGCUCAGGGGGCGGAGCCACCAGCAGAGAUGGAGGUGCUGGAGAUGCGGCUGUGGGGUGUGUGGCCAAUGAGAAGACCCAACCCUCCAGUCCAUCAGCUGCUCUUGACAACGGGAGUUUGGCUCCGCCCUCUUCCAGUCCACCCCAAACACAGCGCGCAACAACAGUUGCCCUUGGCAACGGCACUGGUUUCUAUGGUGACCAACGUAGUGGUCUGACAACAGUUGCUCUCCCUCAAAACGCAGUUAUCGUCAUGACAACGGCAGCUGCGUUGGGCAGACGAGGGGAGGAGUCUAAAAGCGAGCUCGGUUCUGCGCAUCUGUCACUUACGCACAGUGGUGGCCAGCUCGUCCUAUCACCUGUUCCAACCAAACAGGAGACACCGCCUUCCAGCCCCACUCCUGUGCCAACUCACAUAGCUCCACCCAAUCAAGGUGUGGCUACACUCUCCCUCACUCUUCUGCCCAGUCCCGUGAUUGGAGGACUGCUGUUAACGGAUCGCAUAAUUGCAGACAAGCAGAGCGCAAUGCUCUGCCCUGCAACUUCCUCUCCGUCAUUAAUGACUCCGCCUUCCACACAGACUGGCUCUGUGCCUGGCCCCGCCUCCUCUGUGCCACUUCCCUUUGAUCCUGAUUCUUUUCUCAACAGCCCCAAACAGGGACAAACCUAUGGCGGCUCCUCCCUCUCGCCUCUCAGCACAACAAACUCCGCUUCCUCCUCCCAGAGCCCACCCCUUUCUUCUCCACAGCCUCCAUCAUUGGCAUUGACUCUUUCUCCAACUUCUCCACCUUCAUCCCUCUCUUCUCUCUCUCCUUCCACAUCCACACCAAACUCUGCCUCUCUGUCUCCUUCCCUCUCUUACUCUCUCUCUCCCUCUUGCCCUCCCCCCUCUCUCCCUUCUCUUUGUCUUGAUCCCUCACUGGAUCUGGACUCACUGAAUCAUCCUCUAAGCCCCGCCCCGGACGCUCAGGCAUCCGUGACAAGAUUGGACAUAACCCCCCGAAGCUCCUCUAGUGAUGGACAAACUCUUCUGAUUGGACAGGAUAAAAAUGCUCCGCCCACUCUACUGUCACUAAAUUACCCACACCACCAGGUGUUGUCGUCACAGCACUCGACAUCCAAUCAGCUCCCCCUCAGCCAACUGUCACCCAAUCGUCUUUUGUGUGGUGAAGAGGGGGCGGGGCUUAAACAUCAGGAGAAGGGUCAUAUCCUGAUAACACACACACACACACAGGGUUUUGGGCCUCCAGGACGAGGCCUGCGCCACAGCCUCAGCCAACCAGCUCUGCUCACACACCACGACACGCACAGUGACGCACACACACACUCGUACACACACACAUUGAGUGCACAGGUGAGUCCAGUGCAGGUAAAGGAGGAAAAGUCUCCGCCCAUAACACCAACUAUUCUACGAGAAUUAGAGUGUGAUGAAAUGCCCAUGGACACCACUGAUGGCCCCGCCCACACAACCAAUCGCCCUGCCCAGCAGCACACUGAGGAGGCGGAGCUAUCAUUUGACUCCACCUUUCCAGACCUGAUAUCUGAACUCAUCACUGAGGAGACAAACAGCCAUUCAACUUGUCUAAACCCCCAUUCUGCCCCGCCUACUUACCCAGUCAGGUACAUGGCCCCACCCCAGCCCACGCCCUCUACUUCCUACCUGCCCUACACACUCCUCACACAGGCUCACACACACUCCAACACACACUCGGACAUGGGAGAGGAGUCUCAGCGUCUCGCUAACAUCACUGACUUCUCACCUGAGUGGUCUUAUCCAGAGGGUGGGGUGAAGGUGUUGAUCACUGGUCCCUGGUCAGAGGUGAGCUGCAGGUACUCAUGUGUGUUUGAUCAAAGUACAGUACCUGCUUCGCUCAUCCAGCCUGGGGUACUGCGCUGUUACUGCCCAGCUCAUGAAGCAGGUCUGGUGGCUUUGCGUGUGAUGAAGGACUUGGACGCGGUGUCAUCAUCAGUACUGUUUGAGUAUCGAGCUCGAAAUGCAGCAUCGCUCCCGAGCUCACAGCUUGACUGGCUUUCUCUGGAUGAUAAUCAGUUCCGCAUGUCCAUCCUGGAGAGACUGGAGCAGAUGGAGAGAAGGAUGGCUGAGAUGGCUAACCACAAUCAACAACAGCAGCAGCGGUUGGCACGGCAACAGAGCACACCCCACUCUUCACUGGUCCUAACUCCUGAAAACCAGUCCGGGCCAUGGUUCGAGCGGCGGAUUGUGAGUGUGUGCGAGAGGAUGAUCAGUGGAGGACAUUGGGGUGCUGGUGAGACACUCACACACUGCGUCAGGCACAGAGGGAUGACAUUACUGCACCUCGCAGCUGCACAAGGAUACACACAGCUCAUACACACACUCAUCCGCUGGAGGACUCUGAGUGCUGAGAGUUUGGAUCUGGAACAGGAAGUAGAUCCACUGAAUGUAGAUCAUUUCUCCUGCACACCACUGAUGUGGGCGUGUGCUCUGGGUCACCAGUCUGCUGCAGUUUUGUUGUAUAGGUGGAGCAGCGUGGCUUUGAUGAUCCCUGACUCUUUGGGUCGUCUCCCUCUUGCUGUCGCUCGGUCACGAGGACACACUCGUCUUGCUCACUGCAUUGAGGAGCUGCACACACACACACUCCUACACACACACACACCAGAGACCACCCAGAACCACUUACAUACCCUGGACAUAUCACCACCACCUCAACUGCCCCUGUCUCCACUAUCUACAAGUCCUGAUACAGAAUUUCAUGAAGAGUUCAGCUCCUCCCACUUCUCUCUCUCUCCUUCUGACCCAAUGGAUACUUCAUGUGACUCCUCCCCUCGCCCCUCCCCAACCUCGCCACUUCGAUGUCCAUCCCCCAACAACAUGGACACACACUUCCUGUUGGACUCUCUUACACACACACACACUCACUCAGAGCACACACACUUACAUACACACUCCUCGUUCGAGGCAGAAUUGCUUAGUUACAGCGAGAAUGCAGAGAACGAGGAUUACCUGCCUGCUGAGGUCUUACAGGUUGACAUGGCAACACUGGCUGAACAGAUAAUUGAGGCAACUCCUGAUCGAAUCAAACAAGAGGAGUUUCCCAGGGGGGCGGAAUCACCACUCAGAGAGAGGCGGGACAAUGCGGCUAUUCACGACACCAUGACAUGGCUUGCACCUUACCUGGAUACUGUGGACAGUUGUGUGUGUCCAACCCCACAGCCCCCUUCCCCCCUCAGUGCUCUAGCUCUUCAGAAGCUCCGCCCCCCAAGCAGUGCAGCAUGGGCAGAGUUUUUGAACGCUUCAGCCAAUGGAAGGAUGGAGAGAGACUUUGCUUUGCUCACUCUAACAGACAGCGAGCAGCGAGAACUUUACGAAGCCGCACGCAUCAUCCAGAACGCUUUCCGCAGAUACAAGGGGCGGAGACUAAAGGAGCAGCAGGAUAUGGCAGCUGCAGUGAUCCAACGAUGUUACAGGAAAUACAAACAGCUAACAUGGAUUGCUUUGAAGUAUGCUCUGUAUAAGAAGAUGACGCAGGCAGCUAUUUUGAUCCAGAGUAAGUUCCGUAGUUAUUAUGAGCAGAAGAAAUUCCAGCAGAGUCGCAGAGCCGCGGUUCUGAUCCAGCAGUACUACCGCAGCUAUAAAGAGUACGAGCGCAUCAAACAGGGGGGACGAACCGGAACCACACUCUCCAAUAAGAUCAAAGGAUCGUUCCUGACCAAGAAGCAGGACCAGGCGGCUCGCAAAAUCAUGCGCUUCUUCAGACGCUGCAGACACAGGAUAAAGGAGCUGAAGCAGAGCAAGGAGCUGGAGCGGAGAGGCCUGACCACCUAAUCUAGUCUCUCUCUCACACACACACACACACACACACACACACACACACGCUUUCUAUAUGUUUACUAUUGCUAACAGUAACCUGAAAGUCGAGUGACUUCCUGCAUGAGGAGUGAACUUCCUGGUUCCUUCGUCUCCUGCCCUUUAACUCUCGCACUUGAAAAGACUGAAUGAAGACGGAACUCACGUCGGGUUUCUGUUCUACACGUUUGUGUUCCCCGUUAUAGGAGUUCGCUAGCUAGCAGCAUCCUGGCUAGCAUUGUGAGUUAGCUGAGUGUUUAGCUGCUGGAACUCCUUCAGACUUUUUUUACUUUAUUUAAUGGAUGUUGCAGCUUGUGUACCGCGUACCAGACGUGUCUAUAAUCUCAUGAUCUAUACGUUUAAAACUCUAUAUUCUACACGCUGCACUUACUGAACUCAAUCUCUUUAUUUCAGCAUGUUUUAUACUGCAAUGUUUACCUUCUCUCUCAACCACUUACUCUCUCACUGAUAGUCUUAAACCACGCCCACUUCCACUCACCACCACUGCAACUCCUUAUAACCACACCCACUUCCCUUUAACCACGCCCAUUUCCCUUCACACUGAGUUUGUUCUUCAGCACCAACAUGAAUACAUCAAGUGAACUUGGUUUCGGGUUCCUGCUGAUGAAUUCACUUCGUGUGCAUGUUAUUGUAGUCAGUGUAGAUUCUGGAGUGUGUAGUGAAGAAGUGUGUAUUUGACUCUCGGACACACAAAUGUUUCAGGAAAUGAUGCAAAAGAACGUCCUCAUCCUGAGGUGGAGCUUAGUGCUGAGAGGAUGAAGGGGGGGGGUGAAAGGAGGAUGAUGAAGGGGUGGUGAAGGAAAGGAGGAUGAUGAAGAGGGGGGAGGAUAAAGGGAGUAGGAUGUGAUUACAUCAUAAUAAUUCAAGGUGAAAUUUAAAUAUUGUUCAUAUGAAAAGUACAAAUCCAGUAUUUUUGUCAGAUUAUCAGAGAUUUCAAUUCCAAUCUGGUUUUAAAGAAGUGCAGAUGUUUCUGCUUCAGGAAAACCGCUGGAGGCUGGAGGAUUCUCGCAGGGUUUACUGUGGAUCAUCUCUGAGCUUCACACCGCGUCACCUAUUUCAUUCAGAUUUGUAUUAAAUUUAAAAUUUUAUUCACCAUAUUUUUAUAUCGAUCAGUGAAUAAUAAAAAGGAAGAAGUUUGUGAAGGAGCUCAGAUCGAGGGUGAGAUGAUGGAUGGUGUUGCUCUCUGUGAUGAAGAUGUGGAGCUCAGACUUUUAUUUUCAUUUAAUCCACAAAUUUUCAGCUUCACCUCCAAAUACACUGAGGAGAGAUUUUUAUUUCAUACAUGAUUUUUGUGCAGUGCCUUGAAGUCUUAAUGCAGUCUCUCACACACACACACAAACACACACACAAACACACACACACAGUAGCCUGUUUUGCUUGCAUUGUGUUGCAGUUUGUUAUACAUAUGAAUUGUGUUGCACUUCAGCACUGCGUGUUUAUAUGAUGCAUUAAUGUGUAAAUAUUGUACAUUAUAAAGAGCAGUGGAGAAUUAUAGAUUCUAUUUAACAGCUGUGUGUGUGUGUGUGUGUGUGUGUGUGUGUGUGUGUGUGUGUGUAUUUUCGCAUGAUUCUCACUGCAGGCUUUUGCAUGAGCAGGUGAUGUAGGAUGUGUGCAGGUGUUGAGUUUAUUUAUGAACUUUAUCGUGGCUUCAGAUGUUUUUACUGAAAUGUUCAUUUCCUUGUGUUCAGGUUUUUGCUAAUUAAUGAGAAUUCAUUAAAAUGUGUUUGAAACUC